AGGCCUUCUCUGCGCCGCUGUACUGCAGCGCCGCCAGCAUAGAGGAUCCGGACAGCAAGGUGCUGGGGCCGCUGCAGGCGCUGGUGAAGCGGCCGGCCGCCACCGUGGAGGAGGCCCCGGCGUACAAGCUCCAGUUCGUCGGCCACGGCAGGGGACCAGCGCUCAGCCUGGAGCCCGACAUUGUCGACCUGGGUGCUGUGAUGGCGUGCGACGAGGUGAAAGCUACCGUGUCGAUCUUGAACUCCUCCAGCCUCAUGGUUCACUUUGGUGUCGUAUUCGAGCACGUGUUUCAGGCAGAUGGUCCUUCGACAACGGUGGCGGAGGAGGCCAUCUUCCUCGAGCACGCCAACACGGUGGCAGGCCGGUGCACGGAGACCCUCAGCAUAUUGUUCAAGCCUGUCGUGAGAGGGGUGUACGAGUACCAGGUCAUCUUGACACCACAGGCAGGGGAUGGCAAACCUUGUGGCCGGCCCAUCGUGCUCUCGCUCCGGGCGGAUGUCCAGUACCCGAGCGUUCAUAUUGCAGAUCUACGUACAGAAUGUGUAACCACGCAGCCCCAGUCGAUGAUGUGGACACAGUUCCAGGUGGACGGAGUCAAUGAGUUAUAUUCGGGGGAGGUCACCGAAGUCGAACGACGUUUCCAGAAUGCCAUCGGCAUCGAUGAGAAGAAGAAGCUCGUGAAGCAGCUCAAGCCGUUCCAGCUCCUGUUUGGAACGUCGGCGGCGGGAUCGACGCCCACUGCGGUGUACUUGGUCCUGAAGAACCCCACCAACCUGGGCAUCCGCUUCUCGUUCCAGUUCCCGAAGGACCUCAACCUCGAGCACAUCCCGUCGUGGUGCGACGACAAGGCUUUGAUCGACGACCGCGAGGCGCACUUCACGUGGGUGGAGGAGCACGAGAUCUACGAUAUACAGCCCCGCAGCGGGGAGAUCGCAGCGGGCGACCACACGCACGUCAAGCUGACGUACAACCACCACAGCAUCGGGACCCACAUCCUACCCGUGGUCUUCAACGUCCACGGUGGGCGUUCGAUCCUGAUGUACCUGAAGGCCCACAGUGUGGCUCCGUCCGUCGGCUGCCUGUCCAUCCGGUCCUCCGUGGUGACCCUGCAGCCCGUGCCCCUGAACGUGGAGAAGGGCUCCGCUCAGCCCGUCGAGCUGACGAACAGCGGCUGCGUCGGGGCUCCCUGGAGGAUCGACCGCGAAACCCUCGAGGAGUUCAACAGAGUUAACCACGACUUCGAGGUGCUCUCCGUGUCGCCCUGCGAAGGGAUCCUGAUGCCCCGGAGCUCGACCUUCAUCCACUUCACGUUCAGGCCCCUCGAGGCGAAGCGCUACACGUGCCCUGUCCGCAUCGAGAUGUUGAAGGACGGCCGCCCGAUGGAGGAGCUGUGCUUCGAGCUCCAGGCCGAGGGCUACGAGCCGGAGCAGCCGGUGCCGCAGGUCGAGCCCACGUUCCCUGUGAACUUGCCGAUCCAGACGUAUGCCCCAGUGCCGGGCAACGGGGCCGCGCUGUCCAUCGAGAUGCUCGACUUCGGACAGUGCCCCCUGGCGUCCCGGGCGUCGCGCAUGCUGGUGCUGGUGAACUACUCCUCUGAGCACGUCCUGAGCUUCAGGUGGGAGCAGAACGGGCUCUUCCUUAAGCCUACGGACAUGGAGAUUGAGCCGAGCACUGGUGAGCUGUCUCCAGGCUCCUACUGUAUCAUCGUGUUCCGCUUGUGUAGCUCAGACCCUAUAGACAUCAGCGGCGAAGUUGCUUGCGCACUCGAUUGGAUCCACAUCGCCGACUAUGGCAAAGACCCGUCUCUUUCGCUGAUGGACAAGGUUGCCGAUCAGCCUGAGUUUCUUGCAUUCCACUCGGACCACGUCCACGAGCCGAUCCGCACGGGCAAGGCCUUCCUCGGCGAUGCCAACCGGGUCCACAUCUCGGUCGCGCACAGGCUCACCGUGUCACGGUUCCGGAACCUCAUGUCCUCCGCGGCGGGCCAGAAGUUCUUGAACGAGAACCUGCACCGCACGGCCGUGCUGUCGUCCGACAUCUCGGCGCUGGCCGCGCGCAGGACGAGCGCGCAGAAGGCCUCGGCGUCGACCCUGGAGCGCAGCCAGGCGUCCGUGGGCAUGGGCGCCAGCGGCACCCAGGAGGCCAGCGUCGUGGACGUCCGCGACCGGGGGCCGUCCGGCCCCCCGCCGCCCAAGGCCUUCCCCCUGACCGUCCGCAUCCGCGCCGUGGUGGCCGACUGGGGGCUCACGCAGGACCAGCGCGACGAUUUCCUGGUGGCGGGCCCCUGGCCAGGGGCCGCGGGCCACAAGCAGGACGACGACUGGCAGAACAGGACGAAUCCAAAGGUCUCGUGGUUGGGUGACUCGGCCACGAAGAACACCUACGAGCCGGUGGAGGUGCUGCACCCAGGCCUUGUGGGCGGCAUCCUGGAGCACAUCGUCCGAGAGGUCAUGGAGGAGAGCGAUUUCGAUGAGAUCCUGGACAACAUCAUGAUGCAGGAGCUGCGAGCUCGCUCUGGAGCGAUGGCUCACUGCCUCGGCAUCGGCCCGACGGCCAUCGCAAGGAGAGCCCGUCUGGGUUGGAGUUCAGCAUGGCUUCGUGGGAUGGGCGCCGGACUGUGGGAAGGACACGCCGAACUUCGCUCAGUACGACGACGCCCCGCCCCCCGGCGGGCAGGAAACGGCGGCGUCCCACACGGUGGCGGAGCUCCAGGCCCGCGACCCCGGCGCCAAGAUCGCGGACGCGCCCGAGGCGGCGGCGGCCGCCGAGGUCGCCCCGCAGGACGACGUUGCGAAGGCCGAGGUCUGUGCCGCGCUGGAGGCCCUCGGCAGCUCGGAGGACCGCGCCCGCGAGGAGGUCCACGGCGCGCUCUGCGCCGCCCUCGGCGAGGCGCCGCCCUCGCCGGGCGCUCCCGAGGCGGCCGCUCGGCCGGGGCCCGCGUGGAGCUCGCCGCUGCUGCUGGACUUCCAGGCCCCGGCCUCGUGGGCGGCCAGCGGCCGCGCGGCGGGCGGCGCGGGCAGCGGCGCGACGAACGGCGACGGAGGUGGCAUGCCAAGCUCAUCUGGAUCAGGAGAUUUGGACCCGUCAUCGAACUCAGACGACAAUCCCCAGCGCUACUGGGACGAGGCUGUGCAGGACUACGGGGAGGUUGACCUCGACGCCUUCAAGGGUGCGGCAGGAGAGGUCCUGGAUAAGAUGUUGCUCGACCUCAUGGACGAUGUGGUUGCGGGCCGCCUGAACUGGAUGCGGCCAGUCCCGCGCAUCCGCAGGCGCGGCUGAUCGGAGCCACUGCGCGCGAGCUCGGAGCGGUGACGCCUCGCCCUCUCCCGCGCCCCCCUUGCACAGGAUGUCCCUGCUCUGGUCAACCUGGGAAGUUGGCGUGGUGCAAGCGGCCCGUCGUUCCCAGGCUCCUGUCGUAUCACUGCCCCUUGAGCGGGCAACCUUGCCAUGCUGAGGCUGCAUGCGCCCGUCGCGUUCGCAAAGGGAGGGUUGAAGACCUUUCCUCAAGCAGUUGGCGUUCUGUCUCUUCUCCACUGGCUCGCAGCUUGGGUUCGGAAGGCGUCGUGUCCGUCGUUGGAGAGUGC